UUUUAUCUGUUAACAGUGAGCCGAAGAAUUGGUUCAAAGCGAUCCCGCGACUGUGUAGAUUCUAAAGGAGAUCAGCGAUCUCACCCUUUGUCUCUUCUACCUCUCAAUUCGACGCUGAGACUUUGUCGAGAUUUUAAUAACCCGGAGGGCUUUAAACAAAUUCUGAGGCCACUCUUAGUGCCUAGAAUAGUCGACACACCGCAACAUCGGCAAGUAGGAGAGUACAUAUACAAUUUCUUCAUUCGGCUUGGAUGGGCAACAGGAAUGGGAUCAGCAGUCACGCCAUAUGGUUCGAAAACAUUCCGGAAUUUGAUUGUAACCAAUGGUGUGAAAGCACCGCGGCGUUUGGUGCUGGCCUGUCACUAUGAUUCGAAGAUUCUGCCAGGGUUGGUGAUUGCUAUUGAA